GUGACAGGGCGAAGAAGCAAGUGCCACUAAGCAGCCAGCCACUCGACUUCGUCAGGUACAUCUACUUACCACUGUGCCCCGUCCAUCGCCCGUCUCCCCAACUUUCGCCGUCCAGAAUCGUGACACCUGCUUCGCUCCUCUCUGCUCCCUUGCAUCUCCUCCGUCUCGGGCGCGCAAUGGAUUUUUGAGUUCGUCGCUCAACACCAGCGUGACCCCCGCAUGUUUGCUCCUUGCAGCGUCCACAUUCCUGUUUCAAGUCGCGCACGCCGACUGCCGACCAACAUGUCAGGCUUUGUUUCCGAGCCCUCUGUCGCCCCUCUGCAGCGCAAUGCCCUAGCGAUCCAAACUGAGAUGGACGCCAGAGCAGCAGCUAGGAUGAUGAAAAGCCCGCACUACAGAAAGCAUCUUUUCACGUCCAUACCGGAACUCUAUGACAUGUCCUGGUACAUGCUCCCCGAGAGCUUUGAUGGCCGGGCCUUGAUAAUCUCUUCCCAUGUCGGCAACGGUGGACAUCGCAUUCUCGCACACGUAACCGAGGAACUGCCACACGAGGUUACUUACAUGUACAUGAAGUACAAGAGAGAUGCAAGCGGAAUCGAAGUAGUGACUUCUUUGAGGUCAAUCCCGGUUCGAGCGGUCAGCAUAUAUCUCACAUUUGGUGGCACACUUAUACAUCCGUUCGACAAGGCUGCCAAUAGCGGAGACUGCGCUGAACGAAAUCUUUCAGCGCUCACCCGCUGGUACAACGCGGGCAGUUUGUUCAACGGUUCCGACGAAGACGCCUACCACAUUUUCGCAUUGGAGUUGAAAAAAGCGCUUGCUUCGAUAAACAGCGACGGAGCCCUGGACAGAAGGACCAGGCGAUCCCGCAAUUCAAAGACAUCUGGACCGGGCGAUGACUUCGACAACUACCUGGAUAAUUUGGAGUCGGCCGCUUCGGACAGUGGAGACAGCACAUCCCCGGAUCAGCAGUGGCCGAGCGAUGCAGAUGGUGACGCCAGACCCUUGGGCUCUGUCCAAGAUCCGGGCGACGAUGUCUCUCCAACGGGUUCGCCAGAUAGGCUCCAUAGCGGGAGCCCUUGUUUUGUUGACAAUGUUACCGUCAAUGUACGAGACCAAUCUGCCAAUGAUAGGCUUAAUCAACCGCUCCUGUAUCGCCAGCUCGAGGAGGCAGCCGUUUCGGAUUACAUCUUCAGCUUAAUCCGUACCAUUUCGUUGGUCCAUAUCAGGAAGAAAAGUUACAAAUCCUGUGCCAUCUGCAUAGGUGAGGAUGGAGAGCUGAACUAUGCUCACGCGUUCUUGGAAGAUAAACAGCUCAACCCUGAGGUUCAUGUCUUCUACAAGCUAGAAAAAGACGAAAACCCGAAACGGUCCACUGUCUCGGUGCCCAAAUCAGUUGAAAGGAUUCUGCGCCCACCCUACAAUCAGGCAAUCGUAGAGAAUGCUUCAGUUCGGAAAGGAGAACAUUUUGACGGCGGUGAUUAUUUGCUCUUGUUCUGCCAGUUUAUAUUUGCCGUCAAAGGCGAAUUGCCCUGGAGUGCUUUCGAGAGUCAACACAACAAGAAGAUCCUGGACAUGAUUGUCCAUGUGCACAGUCGCGAGCCCCAGCCUGACACUCGAUUACCGAAAGCCACUCCCUCAACAGCACGAGGGCGAUCCACCCCCUUUCGUAUGGAUGAUUCGCCACCACCUUCGAGCUUUGGUAAAAAGAGAGUGCCACCAGAUUUUAUUAGUCUCAAGUCGCCUACGAUACUAGGAUCAGACUCAGCUUACGGGUCAUCUACCCCAAGUGUUGCACAUACCUAUUCGCCCGUUGGACGAGUUCGAGCACGUCGCUCUGUGCACUCUGCUGAUCCCAGUGUCUCGACAGUGGCCACAUCCUCAGCGUCAAGUCGCAUGGCCAACACCAAUGCGUCCAAUGACAUAGUUCACGUCGACGAUCAGGCAGUCACGGCUAUCAGGAGCACACUGCCCCAGCAAAUCGGCACUCCACGGGGACACAAGCGAAGCGCUGAGAAUCAGCUAUCUGACAUCCACGCACGUGCUGAAAGACUGAGAGAAGCACAAAUUGCCGAUCGGAAGAGGAGAAGGGACGAAGAGAGAGCUAGGGUAAGCGCUGAGCUAGCAGCCAUUGACGAAGCCUGUGAAGCCGAUGUCAAGGCAAUUCAUCAGACACCCGACAUUGAACUUGUGACACAGUUUCAAUGAAGGCGUGUGCUUUUCAUCGGGGAAAAUCAAUGUACUCUCUCGCUAACCGUAAGCGAUGUUGAGUUCGCUGGGCUCAUACCCCUCUUCAAGACAAUGGGGAGUC